CACCCGUGAGUUUAGUUAUGCCAGAGUUCACUCCCUCCAAACCAGCACGCGUACCAUACGUAUUUCCACCUCCUGGGACCAACCAGGUGGCAGACAAGAUCCGUGAACGCAGACGCAACGGGGAGCUCAUCGACCUGGAUGCCGUUCUGUUGAACAGUGAGCCUGUAGCAUCAGGCUGGAAUGGCUUGGGGGAAGCCCUCAGGCUGAACACUACUUUGGCACCCCAGCUCGUGGAACUCCUGAUCCUUCGUGUAUCAGCACUCAACGGUUCAGCGUAUGUCUGGCGACAGCAUGAAGACAUUGGGCGCAAGGUCGGCCUACCUGCGAGCACCAUCCGUGUUGUUCGCACGGAAGACGCAUUUGCCUUUGCCUCUACGGGCUCUGUUGGGAUAACUAUUCCUCCAGUUUACGCCGCUGCCCUUGACUACGCGGACCAUAUGACCCGCUCGAUCCUGGUUCCACAGCCUGUUUUCGCGCGCUUCCGCGGCCUUCUGGAGAACGACAGACAGAUCGUCGAAGCUACGACUGUCGUUGGAGGGUACAAUCUUACUACCAGAGUGAUGAGGGCGCUGGAUGUCGCAGGGAUGGCGGAAGAAGAGGUACCGAUACCUACUGCUGAAGAUUGAGGAGAAGCAAAGUCAUAUAGACUUAAGGCUCGCAUGCGGAGUGUAUAUGAUCAGCCACAAUCAUUGCCGCAAAUCGUGUAAUAUUACAAGUUCUCUUACUGCCUGUCUCACAAACCUCGCAUGUCAGAUUUCCUGAAUGGCAUUUUCAAU